UAUACGUAUAUAGCCUAUAUUGAUACGCUAUUUGCCUAUAGUUGAGCAAAAAUGCUUCAUUUCGCCCGCGUAUAUCUCCUCAAAGCAGUUUCCAUUCUGAUUCAAUUACCAUGACUGGUUUAAGAUACGACCCUGAAUACCUCGAGGCUCUGGGGCCGGUUACCAAGGAACGAAAGCCCGAGCCAUCUAAAUCAGUUUUUGAGAUCAGGAAGAGCACCGAGGAUGUCAUCCGGCGAGUCGUCACUACUUCGCAAUAUCCCGAUGGCGUGAAAGAGACUUUGUACAAAGUCGAAAGUUACGAUGGAGUCGAAAUUGAAGUCACCCGCUUUGCUUCCGAGGAGACGUUGGCUUCGGACAAGCCAACACCCGCUGUGAUGUACUUUCACGGUGGUGGUUAUGUCUCUUGUUACGUGGAGCUAUUUGCGCCUCAAAUCGCCCGUUUCGCAAACGACUCAAAGCUUCAAUACUUUGCGGUAUCCUAUCGGCUGGCGCCGGAGCAUCCUGCUCCUGCUGGGGUUGAAGACGCAUAUGCGGCUCUUGAAUUUGUGUCAAAGUCUGCGGUGGAUCUCAAUAUCGACCCUACCAAGAUCGCGCUGCACGGUGACAGCGCUGGUGGAGGACUCGCCGCGGGUCUUGCUUUGAUGGCGAGAGACCGACAGCUAAGCCCUCCGAUCGCGAAGCAACUGCUUGUCUAUCCAAUGCUAGAUGACCGAGACCAUGUUGAGAAAGAUGAUCCAAUCCUGGAUCUUAUGGUCUGGAAACCUGAUGGUGCGAAGCUUGCAUGGGACGUGUACGCCUCCAAGGUUCGAGAGAAGGGUGAUCCGCAAACCUUAUCUUACGCGAUUCCAGCUCGGGCUGUGACGCUGCGAGGCCUGCCUUCCACCUAUAUCGACGUGGGAUGUCUCGAUCUGUUUAGGGAUGAGAACCUGGAGCACAUUGUCGAUCAUGGUGCUUUCUGGGCGCAUCGGACGACGACCGUCUUGACCAUCACAGCUGCAGCGGAUCAGUCCAACAACGAGCUCCGAGGCAGCCAAGAAAGCCACUGA